AUGCUGACUACUCCUACUAGUUCGGACUCGACCUUCAAGGUCGACUAUCAAGACACCUUGGCAGUGCUUGGAUACGCUCUGCGCGUUCCUGGUGCUACCAGUCCCAGCAAGCUUUGGGACAACAUUGCUGCCAAGCGCGAUCUUCAGCAGCGUAUGCCAGCCAACCGCUACAAUGUGGACCGCUUUUUCCACCCACGUGCCGAGAACAAAGGCAGCACCAACGCAUGCUUUGGUUACUUCCUCGAACAGGAUCUGGCAAGCUUCGACAACGCCUUCUUCAACAUUUCUGGAACCGAGGCCAUCAGUAUGGAUCCGCAGCAGCGUCUCGCUCUCGAGGUCGUCUACGAAGCGUUCGAGAGCGCUGGCCUGCCCCUUGAAGCAGUUUAUGGCUCCAAGACUGGUGUCUUCUUUGGCUCCUUCACCAACGACUAUGCCACCAUGACGGCCAAGGAUCUUCUCGAGUAUCCGAGAUACACAGUCACCGGCACGUCGAACUCGAUCCUGAGCAACCGCAUCAGCUUCGCGUACAAUCUCACCGGUCCUUCGGUCACCGUCGACACGGCUUGCUCUUCCAGUCUUGUUGCCUUCCACUUGGCUUGCCAGGCGGUACGCAAUGGCGACGCUGACCAAGCCGUCGUGGUCGGAUCCUCGCUUCAUUUUGACACCAACAUCUUUGUCCAAAUGACCGAUCUUACCAUGCUCAGCACCGAUGGUCGAUGCCGAGCCUUCGAUAAGAAAGGCGCCGGCUACGUCAGAGGUGAAGGCGUUUGCGCUCUUGUCGUGAAGCGCACCUCUGAUGCCAUCGCUACACGUGAUCCCAUCCAUGCUGUCAUUCGAGCAACUGGAAGCAACCACGACGGCAAGAAGUCGGGUUUGACCAUGCCGUCGUCCGAACUUCAAGAAGCUCUCAUUCGCUCCGUCUACACUCGCGCAAAGCUCGAUCCUCGGGACACGCACUACUUUGAGGCCCACGGCACGGGUACUCAGGCCGGUGAUCCGCGAGAAACACGGGCAAUUGGUGCCUUCUUUGGACCCCAUCGCUCCUCCGAUGAACCUCUUCUCAUUGGCUCCAUCAAGACCAAUAUUGGUCACCUCGAGGGUGCUUCUGGCUUGGCCGGACUCAUCAAAGCUAUCAUGUGUGUUCAGCGAGGCAAAGUGCUGCCCAACAUGCACUUCGAAGAUCCCAACCCCAACAUCCACUUCGACGAGUGGAAGCUGCAGGUACCCACACAGAUCCAAGAUUGGCCAGAGACCAACGGCAAGCCUCGUCGAGCCAGCAUCAACAGCUUCGGAUUCGGGGGUGCCAAUGCCCACGUAGUAGUCGAACAGCCACCUUCCCCCGAUUCUCACAUCUUCGAGCACCAGAUGCUGCCGUCGUCUGGUUCUGAGGACAGACCACACCUGCUACUCGUUUCGGCACAUAGUGAAAAGGCUGCUAAGCUCAUGGCCAAGCGACUAGCAGACUACAUUGACGAGAAUCGCUCGACGAUUCGACUUGACCAGCUGGCCUUUUCGCUGAACAGCGAUAGACGUACGAGGCAUGCAGUGCAAGGAUGGUUCGUUUGCACUAGCCUCGACAAAGCUGCCGAAACGCUGCGCUCUGGUUCGCCUACACACGGUCCGUGGAUCGUCCGCUCUUCGUCCAAGACCAACAAGCUUGGCUUCAUUUUUACCGGUCAGGGUGCGCAGCACUUUGCCAUGGCCAGACAAAUGAUCCUCCUCUCUCCUCGUUUCCGCCGAUCGCUCGAACGCUUCAACCGGACGUUGCAAGGUCUUCCAGAGAACGAGCGACCCUUUUGGGAUGUCAUCACCGAGCUUACCCGUGACAAAGAGGACAGCCGACUCGGCCAGACGGCUUUCUCGCAGCCUCUCUGCACCGCCAUUCAGUUGGCGUUAGUGGAUCAUCUGGAGUCCUGGGGCAUUGUUCCCGAUGGUAUUGUUGGUCACUCGUCUGGCGAGAUUGCGGCCGCUUACGCUGCGGGUAUCUUGUCGUUUGAAGACGCGGCCGUCACCGCGUAUCUGCGCGGGGUUCACAUGUCGAACGCGUCAGCCAACUCGCUCUCUGUCCGUGGAGGAAUGAUGGCGGUUGGGAUGACAGAGCCACAGGCCACCAUAGAAUUGGCCGACUUUGUCGGCAGAAUUGUUGUAGCUUGCGUCAACAGCCCUUCCUCGCUGACCCUUGCUGGAGAUGCCGAUGCUCUCGAUGAGCUCCAGACUCGCUUAGACGCCAAGAAGGUGUUUGCUCGCAAACUGCAGGUGGCACAAGCCUUCCAUUCCCAUCAUAUGGCACCGCUGGCGCCAGCUUACCGCCGCGCGUUGGAGCAGUACGGACUUACACCCAAACCUCCCAAGAGACGCAUGGUUUCAAGUGUGACGGCCCGUGAGGCACAGUGGGAAGACAUGGGUCCCGAGUACUGGGCUCGAAACAUGACGAGUCAGGUGCGCUUCUCGCCCGCACUCAUGCAGAUGGUGACCAACCAGCAUGACGAGCUGGACAUCGAUGCCCUCAUCGAAAUCGGUCCGCAUCCAGCUCUCAAGGGACCAAGCAAGCAGGUGCUGAAGUUCCUCGGCCUCAAUCUGCCGUACGUCGCUUCGCUGCAGCGCAACGUGCCCGAUCUCGAAUCGCUCUGCAUAACGGCUGCCCAGCUGGUGUCGCUCCAGUAUGCUCUGGUCGACCUAAAAACUGUCAACAGACCUCUUCGACUUGCGCAGGAAGACCAGAUGGAGCCACUGCCUCUCCUCUCUUUGCCUUCGUAUGCAUGGGAUUGGGCGUCAUUCUGGGCCGAGUCGCGUGUUGCUGCUCAGCACCGUCGACCUGCGGGUAGACACGCCCUUCUGGGUAUUUCGGAUGCACUCAGCGUCUCUCCCCACCCUCGAUGGCGCAACUUUCUACGUAAAGUGGAGCUACCUUGGCUCGAAGACCACCGCAUCCAGGGCAGCACCAUCUUCCCCGCGGCCGGGUACAUUGCCCUUGCAGUCGAGGCUGCUUUGCACCUCUACUCAUCAGAACGCAAGGCAACUGCUGUGGUUGAACAGCCAAGCAUUGUCGUUAGAGAUCUUAACGUCGAAGCUGCGCUGCAAUUACCGGAAGCCGAGAACGACGGUGUCGAAAUCAUCACGGAUCUUCGACCGGUGACUCUGAGCGCGAAGAGUCUUUCAUCUGAUGUGCAUGAGUUCACCAUCUUCUCCUUCAACAAGGAGAACGCCUGUUUCCGUCAUGCCCGCGGCCUCGUCUCUGUGGAAGCAGCACCGAGCCAUGCUCCAACGCCGAACCGUGCCAGCAACAUCCACAUUCCAGACAAGCUGUCGCAGUCGUGCGGAUCGACCACCUUUUACAAGCACCUGCACAGUCUUGGACUCGAAUACGGCCCAAGCUUUCAACUGGUACGUGGCGAGAUAGAGAGUGCUGCAGGACUUGCCAAGGCCGAGCUUGACGCGUGCUCGGUGGCCAAGCUUGCCAAAGUGGACACCGAACGCUGCGCAGUCCACCCUGCCGUGCUCGAUGCCGCCUUCCACUUGCUGUUCCGAGCGAACGAGUCCUCGGCUGGAACCCUGAGCAGCGCUAUGGUCCCGACACGCAUUGCCUACCUGAAGCUUGCCAGCAGCGUGCAUGAGUUGGCAGAGGAUCAAGUACUUCACCUCUCCGCUGCCGCUGAGAGCAAGGGGCAGCGCAAGGCAGUCGCAGACCUGCACUUGACCACAUCGGACAAAGGGCGAGUGCUCUUUGACAUUCAAGGUCUCGAGUGCACCAGCCUCGGUGGAAAUGAGACCAGACAUCCAGCUGAUUCGGUCUUCUUCUGCCCACGCGAGCUACCGCUCUUGCAGCUUCUCAGCGAGGCUGAGGCUAAGCAGCUUUCGCUCGACAUUGGGCAAGCUAUUGGCUUGUUUUUGCACCAGAGAUCUGCUUGCUGUCUCAUCAAUGUCAACGAUGAAGCAACGUUGCUCACAGCUCUGGCCGCAAUGCGACGUCCUGAAGCCCCAGCUCGACGACUUGUGUCCUGCUGCGACAUCUUAGGCGCCGACCGUUUCCUCUCGUCAGAUAGACAAAAGGAGUUGCAAGACGCCGUAAUUGGCGGAAUUCGCUUGGUUGGGUCCAUGGAGGACAUUGCAUCUGGUGGAGCGGAUGGCAGUUCACGUUAUCACCUCGUAGUCUCGAGCACUGCACCUUCUGGCGCACUUGUAUCGAUGGUUGACGACGGUGGUCUUGUCCUUUCCUUGCAAGCUUCGUCCAAAGACGAGGCAAGUGACAGCGGCUUCUACCGUCUCUUCUCAAGCGACUUUGUGUCAGCCUGGUCAACAACUGAUCCUGCUAGCUACCCAAGCUCCCUGGUCGACCCUGUCGUGCUGUUGCACGCCGAACACGCUUCAGAUAGAACGCUUUCUCUCAUUGCUGCGAUCAAGGAACAGCUGAAAGCACCUGUGAAGGAGGUGCCCUGGAGCCAAGCAACCUCAGCUACUCUUGCUGCAUCGAGCCACAUCAUUUCGCUGGUUGGCAUUGAUGCAAGCCUCUUUUCGUUUGAUGAUGGCCAAGCUGCUCAGAAGCACGACUUCCAAACGAUGCAGCGACUCCUGACAGGUUCUUUCAACAUCGUCUGGGCAGCUCCGGGUCUCGCUUCAAAUGCCAGUCGUCCCGACCAUGCUUUUGUAGUCGGUAUGGCACGUACUGCCUUGAACGAGAACGAUGACCUGCGCUUCGUCACGUAUGACUUCGCCGAUCGCUCAACAGUUCCUGACGUGGCUAUUAAGCUGCUAAAGCUUCUCGACCGCAAGGUGCAGGAAGACGAAGUUUACGAGAACGUUAACGGCAUCCCUCACGUUUCUAGUUUCCGCCAUUUGAGCCGCACGCACAGAGCUCUCUGUUGUAAUUUGAGACGCGUCUCUCCAAAUCCUCAGCAGCGGCAAAAGCAGCAACGAGCCAAGCUCCUGACUGGACCAAUUACAGAAUCGAGAACCGCUUGA